AUGUCCGUGUGUCCACCGUAUGCGCCAUUCUUUGGCUUCGCUGGCGUCGCCUCAGCCGUGAUAUUCAGCACCGUCGGUGCUGCCUUUGGAACAGCAAAAGCUGGGAUUGGAAUUGCAGGUCUCGGUACUUUCAAGCCUGAACUCAUAAUGAAGUCCCUUAUACCAGUCGUCAUGUCUGGAAUUAUUGCCGUGUAUGGACUUGUGGUGUCCGUGCUAAUAUCGGGGGAUAUGAAACCGAAUGGGUACCCCCUCUUUGCCGGGUUCGUUCACCUCGGCGCCGGUCUCGCUUGUGGAUUCACAGGCCUUACAGCUGGCUAUGCCAUUGGGAUUGUUGGGGAUUCUUGUGUACGAGCAUAUGUUCACGAAUCCAGAGUGUUUGUUUCCAUGGUUUUGAUACUCAUUUUUGCAGAAGUGUUAGGAUUGUACGGACUAAUCGUAGCACUAAUCAUGAACUCCAAGGCAUCAUCACUCGAUAUAUGCUGAGAAAACAACUCUCCGCCGUACACUGUGGACGUGUACAUAUAGUUUUGGAUUCUUUAGUUCUAAUGAUGAUACCACGUUUGCCUACAUCUCUGAC